GAAGCGAGUUGUAACGCGUAGAGGGAAGGGAGCCUGCAUAUAUCUGAUGAUCAGCAAUUGCAUCCGAGAGAGGAAAAAAAACCAUAGCACCAUCACAAGGGGCAGUCAAAGGCGAGAGGAACAGGGCACUCCCAAACAAAGAAGAAAGUCAAUGCUACCAUCAGAGGCUGUGGCAGGCGCAGCCUAUUGCAUCUUUGCCCUGCAUCUGGGCUGCACUGUGACCAGGGAUCCUUUCAGGAAGGGGGAAGGAUCUGAGGGCAGUGCCAGAGCUGAUCUUGAUCCACCUUUUGUCCUUCUGCGGCCAUGAACUCUUCACUGAUGACCCGAGGAACAAGCGAUGUUCUGGAGGAGCUCCAGUUGCUCACAGCUCAGAACCUGGAAAGGCUGGAGGUGAAUAAGUACUACGAGGUGAUUAGGGAGCUGGGAAAAGGCACCUAUGGCAAGGUGGACCUGGUCAUCCACAAAGUCAGAGGUACUAAAAUGGCUUUGAAGUUCCUGAGGAAAAAGACCACCAAACUGAAGAGUUUCCUCAGAGAGUACAGCAUCUCCCUUUAUCUGUCAGCCUCACCUUUCAUCAUUGACAUGUUUGGGAUAGCCUUUGAAACUGAUGAGUAUUAUGUGUUUGCCCAGGAAUAUGCAACUGCAGGCGAUCUGUUUGACAUCAUUCCGCCCCAGGUGGGUCUUCCUGAACAGAUUGCCAAGCGUUGUGUCCACCAAGUUGCUUUAGCUCUGGACUAUCUUCACAGCAGGAAGCUGGUGCACCGUGACAUCAAGCCCGAGAACAUUCUCAUCUUUGACAAGGAGUGCCGCAAGGUUAAACUGUCCGAUUUCGGAAUGACCCGUCGGGCUGGUACUCCUGUCAAACGGGUGAGUGGUACCAUCCCUUACACUGCUCCGGAGCUGUGCGAUGCCUCCAAACAUGAGGGCUUCUCCGUGGAGUACAGCAUUGACGUCUGGGCUUUCGGGGUGCUGCUCUUCUGCAUGCUCACGGGGAACUUCCCCUGGGAGAAGGCCCUGCUCUCGGACUCUUUCUACGAUGAGUUUGUGAGGUGGCAGAAGCGUAGAGGAUCCAACGUGCCAUCGCAAUGGAGGAGGUUCACCGACGAUGCUCUCCGCAUGUUCCGGAAGCUUCUGCCCAUCGAACCAGAGAGAAGGUGCUCAGUCAAGGAGAUAUUCAGAUACCUGAGUUAUCGGUGGAUGCUGGACACAGAUUGCAGUAACAGCAUCGCCGAUGUGAGCUCUUCCUCGGAGGAGGACCUAGUGGCCAGGAUGAAGCAACAGAGCCUGUCCCCUGUGUGCAAUGUUGCGAAGAACACCAUCUCCAUGGAGACUCCAUCAUCCCGCUUCACGACCAUGACAACAUCCAGCUCCCUCUCAUCUAACAGCAGCUAUGAGCGGGCAUCAAGAGAGAGCAGCAACACCAGGAUUCUGGUCACCACACCUAUUGAGAUCUGCGUCUAGCUUGCACUGAAACGUUCAGGUUGUGGGUGGCUUUAAGUGUGAUAGGAAACGUAUUUUACAGAGUAACAAACUUAUUCUCAUUGAAGGAAAUGAUUGUUUGUUGCUUUGGGAGUCAACGUGAGCUAUCGACUGGGGCUCAAACUCCAAUGGGGCUCUGUCUCAACCAUUGGUCUUCAAAGCCUUCACCCUAAGCUGAUUCUCACCAGUUGUGACUAAGUUGCUUUGUGUCUUUGGGUCAGGUAGGACGAGAGAUGAGACACAGUGGGUGACAUCGAGAGAUGAAGGACAUCGAGAGAUGAAGCGGCUCAUGGGUCCAAAGAAACAGGGCACGACUGUUGCAAGGAUCUCAACCGACCAGGAUCGGUUUCUGCGGAAGGCUCUGCUUUUUCAAUUACACAUUACAAGCAAGUGUCCAGGGCAUUGUCCAGUGACCAAACUGUGACAGCUGCCGCUGUUCAAAUGGCUUUCCUCCUAAGGGCUUGGUAGUGUUCACUAGAAGGAGUGAUCACUCUGCACAAGUCAUCUUUACCAACACUCACCUUCACUAAUGUGACUGUGACUUCCCAUAUCCAAACACACUAAUUUAUUGGUUCUGAUUUUUAAAACUUCAAUUUAAUCUUGUUUUUUUACCUAGAAGCUUUUUCCCUCUUCCCUUCCCAGGCACUGGUAGCAUGUGAGCUGAUAACUCUCCAAACAUCAUACUUAAUAACCAGUAGUAGGCUGAUGUUACAACACGAUGAAGUUAAUAUUCAUUGAACAAAAACAAGUAACAUUUAGAUCAUUGGUAGAAUUAGAUAAGUGAUGAGGUCGUUUGGUGCAAACAUUUCAAUGCAGAGGAAUGUCCUCUGAUUUAAAAUUGUUAUUAGUAGGGGCACUGACGUCCAAAGCACCCCUCCCUCAUGAUUUUCCUCCCCACUUCUUAAGAACCCCUUUCAGCCUGGCAUCGACCCUUUGGGCUCAGUGGCCUGUUUCUGUGCUGUAUGUUCUGUGCCUCUCCUUUGAGUCAGUGUGUGCUUGAGGAGGUGGAUUUUAUUCUCUUUCACUCCUGUGUCAUACUGUGCCUGUAACAGUGAGGUCUGAAUGGUGUGAACUGAUUUCUGCUCCGGCACUUCUGUAGUGGUACGGUUGGGUAGUGGUAGCAUUGGGUCUGGGUUUCAGGGUCUGUGCCAGCUUCUCCACAGCUUUGUGGGGAGUUUGUCUGGGCAGAAGCCAGGUUGCAAUCCCUUUCUGAUUGACUCUCAAUGUUUCCCACUGAAGUAAUCUGUAGCAGCCACUUGAGGUGGAUAAUUGAUCAACUGGCCAAGUGAACUUUUUUGGAGAUUACAACCUGCUACCAUCUUUAAGACUGCACAGUGGUGCAGCCAGUAGAUCCCCUGCCUCAUGGCACCAGUGACCCGGGUUCAAUCCUGACUUUCAGUGCUGUCUGUGUGGAGUUUGCACGUUCUCCAUGUGGGUUUCUACCAGGUGCUCCGGUUUCCUGCCACAUCCCAAACAUGCACAGGUCAGUGGGUUAAUUGGCCACUGGAAAUGUGGUAGUGUGCAUCUGGGUGGUGGAAUCUGGGGGAGCUGAUGGAAAUCUGGGGCAAAUAAGUGGGAUUAAUGUAGGAUUAGUGUAAAUGGGUGGUUGUGGACUCAGUAGGUCAAAGGGUCUAUUUCUGUGCUCUAUGACCCUAUCUUUAUGGUUGUUAGACUCCUGCUAUAUUUAUUGAUCUUUUGUCAAGAUCUGGUUGUCUAUCAACACCCAGCCAACUCCCAUCCUUUACCAAUUCCCCUGUGUAUAUAUAUUUAAAAAAAAGGAAACUUCAAUUUAGUGUAUUAUGUAGAUUAGCUGUGCUUACAAGAAAACUCAGCCAACUCCAGGUACAGCCUAACAAGUGAGACUUCCCUGAUGGGAUAUCUGGUUCUCAGUAACACUGGGAAUGUGGAGAGUGCAGGGGAGCACUGAGCUGGGACUGUUGUGACUUCAACCAUGGCCCCUGCAGCCCUGAAAUUCUCUCUAACUUGACUCUCCUCUGAAGCUGUGACUUCCAAUUUGAGGCAUUCCCAGCAUACGGGCGUCUGGGUAAUGUCCCUAUGGGAGAGGGGUGAAUCGUGCGUAUGAUAAAGGGGUAGAUUUAUCAAAACCCUCAACAAGGCCAAAGGGUAACUUUAACCCAACGCACCCAGUUGUAAACAGACACAGCAAAGUAAGUUGAAGCAGGAGUGUCAAGUGGCAGAUUGAUCUAAUCUAUUGCUCGUCCAGGUUCCCUUCUCAUCUCGGUGGUAUUAAGGUGACCUUGCAGUGCUGUUCUUGUGAUCGAGCUCAACCCCUCACCUGCAGGCAGCCGGCAAAGUACCUGAGACUAGUUGGCAUUUGCCGGUCAUUAUCUCCCAAUCAUACCGUCCUCCCAUCAUGCUGAGUAAUGGCAUUAUGUAUUUUCACACAUUAAAUAUAACUGAAGCCAGCGCAACCAAUUGGAUUGCUGGAAAUCAAAUUGUUCUGUUUGGAAGGAAUCUAGUUUAAAAACAUUUAAACAAAAAAAAGAUGCUUGGAUGAGUUAAGUCCUUUUAGCAAGCAGCAAGAGGUUAUCUGUGGCAACCAAUCAAGGGGACAAUUGGUUAACUGGCUGGUGAACUUUUUUGGGAUCUGUGUUUAUCGUCAUUAGGGUCCUGCUAUGCUUUUUGACCUCUGGUCUGAGAUCCUGUUGCCUCUCGACACCCACCCUAAACCCCCCCCAUCCUUUACCCACCAACACGUGCAAAAAAAAAACAAGAAAUUUAGGUUAGGGUAUCUUACAGACCACAACCCUUGUGUAUCUUCACUGUGCUUACAAGAGAAAUGUUUCUAAUGUUAACGUAUGUGCAAUACGUUCUAUAUAUUACCACAUAUUUAACAUAAAAUUUUACAAUGAAUUGUCAUAGUUUUUUAUUGAUUUGAAAACUGAAAACAUAGGGCUAUGAAAAUGGCAUCAUAGAGGAAGCUUUACGUGAUGUAUUCUGCACCUGUAUUCAUCCUACAAAGACUCUCGAGCGUUACUCGGCUGGAGUUCGGGGCAGUCCAGCGCCGUUUGGUGUAUGUGACCCGGGAGGAGGGGAGGGAAGUGGAGGGGUGUGGCAGGACUACAAUCCACUCUUCUCUCCUUCAUUAUUGCCAUCAUCCAAGUUGAGCCCAGCCAUUAUUGAAAGGGCAGCGGCUUGUUGGGAACCAGGAUCAACAGAUACGGCACAAUGAGAGCCCUUGAAGGAAUAACUUUUGAAAGAAAACUUCCAAUGAAGACAAGAAAUCAAUAAGAACCUCUUUGCAAAGACUAUAUUUGAACUGGGGACCUUAGUCAACUGAUGCCCUGCUUUCUUCUAAUGACUGGCAGAAGCGCAAAUCCACCUAGACUGUCAAUGUUCAUCAUUCUACUUUAGAAAUGCACUCAAUUGCUUCUUGUAGACAGUGCAACACUCCCAUAUAUAGUGUCAACGACCUCCCUCCAUACACCCGGUCUCCAAGAUGUAGUGUGGGCUACUGAGCUGCCAAACCUUGUGUUUGAAUUUUAGUGCAAUGGGUGUGUUUCUAUUCAAAACUCUUCAAAGUUUCGUUCCUCAGUGAAUGGUGUGUCGUUUAACUGUCUGUGGUUUGUGACAGCAAUGCAUUCUUUUAGUAUCCAGAGUUUUAGCUCUUAGCUAAAAUGUUUCCUGAGCUCUUCUCUGAGCCAUACGAUCGAUUCAAUGGUUGCAAUGCAAUUUGUCUUCCUGUAAGACUUACUUUAUAAUUUGAUUAAAAUUACCUAA